CAGGAAACGAUUUUAUGUUCAUGCUUUGUUAACAUGUCAAUUGAAUGUGAGUUGCCUGUUAUCGAAAAACGUCUUGCCUAUGAUGUCAACUAUUUGAAAUAUCUGCUAAAAGAUGUCACAUUUGUCAGCUAUUUCAACAUUUUCCUUAAUCUUCCUAUACAUCCACGAAGAAUAACCUAUGUGCCUGCUACCAAAACAUUUACUGUUGAACCAGUUCUUAUGAGAAAAUAUCUCCAUACUCAUUAUGGAAAGCUGUACACUUGGUUAUGCAAGAAACGGCUACCGAUGUUCACUAAAUCACACCUUUUCUUUCAUUACCGUCUCUGCAAAGAGUUGAUUAUUGAUAACCCGAUACUUGAAUCCUUCAAACUUCUUGAAAAACAAUAUCCAGACGUCGCCCCAAUCAGGGAUAUAUCUGGGUUUUAUAAUUUCCAUCACUUCAUGCUAGAAGGUGGUGGUGGUAGUGCCAUUAUCAGCUGCUGGCUCGAUAUUGAGACCUUACACUGUCUUCGUGACGAGGAGAGGGCCAAGUUCCUUGAGGAUUUUUUCGAUAAUUACUUGUAUCUAGAUUCACCCAGAAUGAUAUUCGACCAUUAUCGGAAUGUUGUCUUCCAACAAAUAUCUAAAAUAUGCAAGGGGGUUCGAUUUGUCAAACGCUAUUGCAAGGAAGAAAACGCCUUUUUGCAGCAAUUCAAGGACAAACUGUUAAGAGAGAAACGUCUGUUCAGGCCCUUACAAGCGGUGUUAACUCUGGAUAUGCGCUCUUACUGGCUUAAGAAAUACUACACAUACUUGUCUACAAGUCUAGCAGAGGAUCAGCCGUCAGUGAGAAUAACGAGUAGUCUCGCUAGGCUACUUCUCAAGACACCACCCACUACUGGAACUACUGAAAAUGAACCUGAUACAGAAGCUGAUCCAGCACCAAAACAUAUAACAGUCAAAUUGUGUACAUCUAACGGUCUCAGGAGAACCUCCCAGAUGGUUUACAGUCAUGAAUUUGGAAUGGAUGUCCCGUCAGAUGAACUUGCUGAGAAGCAAGUUAGUAGGACGGAGGAGACGAUGAAAAACUUUGUUGCUAGGAUGAAAGACGAUUGUGUUAAAAACAGACGGCGUGCCACGGUAGAUAUCUCAAGCGAGGUAGAAGCUGUAAGAGCUAGGAAAACGUCUACAAUUAACGAAGAUAUAAUUGUAAAUACCAGCCCAAGUUUCCAAGUCCCCAACAGAAAAUUCUCACUUUUAGAGGGUAAACGAGACAGAUUAUCCUCCAUAAGUGAAACCCGAAAAACUGGAUCAAUAUCGUAUAAUAGGUCUCAGAAAAACGAUUCUUUUGAUGAUCAAAAAGAAAGGAUGGUUCAAAGAUUACAAAAUGGGCGGCGUCCCAGCGGGCUUACCACCAGCGUUAUUAGCACCACCAUCAACUGGUCUCGACACAAAAAUAGUCGGAUUAAAGAGAUCAUAGUUGAGCAGUUUUUGCAAGAUGAAAUUGAGCUAUUCCGCUGCUGUCCCUGUCCUCUAAGAGACGAGAUAUACAUGGAGAAUUACUGUGACGCCCUAAAACAAGUGUAUAACGAAACAAGUUUGAGAGAAGUGGAUAUCAACCAUCUUCUGGAGAUUUCUAUUGCAAGUGACAUCGUUGGUGGUGAGGAUUUCAAAGGUUUUCUUUCGAGAAAAAGUGACAAGAGAUCACUCUUCAACUACGAGUUCUGGGCUGCAAUAGAGACUUUCAGCUACAAAUACUCAACGGAUCCCUCUAGAAUGUUCUGUGCCCGAGGACACGCUAUGGAAGUUGUUGGAAUAUUCUCGGAGCAAGAAAACGUCUCCUUUGAUUGGAGUUUCAAAAAACAUGGAAUGAUCAAUUUCCCUGUCAACUUGGAAAAUCUUGAAAAAGAAGUUCACUCACUCUUGUACAAAUUCACUCAUCCUGACGGCAGCAAAUUCACAGACUGGGACGAUCCCUUUACAGAUUCUCUGUGGUUUGCCAUAGUAAAUGGUCACAGUGUUCAAGAGUGGCUUUCUCUCGCUCAAAAGUUUACAGCAAAGAGGCUGAUGACUGAGUGGCUGCUGUAUAUUGAAGAGAAGGAAAACGAGUUCCUGCAGAACUGUACGGUUCUGAGAGACAACAAACCACCACCUCCCUUCCUGCAGCACACAUCUGAGGAUCUAAUCUAUGAGACUCUGUGCAGUCCGAAUAUUCACAUAAUUUGGGCUGCCAUGCAACUGGCAGAGUCUGUCGAGUACCCUGGGCAGAACAUACCCAGGAUGGGGCCAGGGCACUUGCAGCGAGGUUCGACGAAUGUUUCCCCUGACGGAAGGUCUAGUAAGGCCUCUUACCUCUCAACAUCUCCCAACACUAGCCCCAAAGUGUUCAGUGAAACCAACCCUCCUAACAGACGAAUGCUGGCUAGUGGGCAGGAUGCUGUCCCCGUUACCCCCACUCCUCCGGUAGUUGCAGUAGUUGAGGCCCCGGAGGUUAAAAACCCGGCCCCAGGCCGGCGAGGUGACGCCGUGAUCACCAUGAUGACGCUGAACGAUCCAACCCUCAACCAGUUAGAAUACGCUCUCUACAACACCCCUGGGCUAGAUCUCUCCAUGGACAAGCUUACAACCGUCCCUAAGAACUUUCUAGACGUCCUGCGAACGAAGGAGCUUCUUGCUAAGUUUAGAAACUUCCUCCUCGUCAACGAAGACAACCAGGAUCCUUCAAUCUUGUUCUACCAAAUUGUCGAGAGUCUAAGAGCUUGUAGAAAUCCGAAACAGAGACAAGACCGUAUGCAAUUCGUCCUACAGAAGUUCUUCGGCCCUCUAUCAGGCCUGAAGGAAAAAUUAAUGGUGGAUAAAAACAGCGGUGUAUUUAAAGAGUUGUGCAGUUCGAAGAAAGUUACCCACACAAUGCUGAUCACGGCUCAAACUCUAGUUGUAAAGGAGAUGGAGACCGUUUAUUGGCUGCAGUUCGUGGAGGCUUUUUCUCCUAAUAUCCGGGAAAAGAUAAUCAAUAUGAAUACGUUGGGAACAACUGAGAAAAAGGAGUUUGGGAAAGAGAAGAACAGGCGACUCUGGGUCAACUUCACAAUAAACGUCAUCAACUUCAAAAACGGGAUCAUGGAUCCGAAUGUUUGCAAACAUUUCAGGCAUUUUCUGGCAGGUUACGUCAAAUCGGUUUCCUCUAUUUGCACCAAAACUACCCAGAAGCGGCAAAUAGUCAAUAACAAACUUAUCGAUAUUGAUAAAAUUCAAGCUGAUCUGGAUUUCUUCAUCGAGGUGGAGAAGUACAAAGAAAUAUGCGAGGGAACACAAAUGUCAGCCAGACAAGGAAACUACGAUCCAGGGGAGGAGGAGAUCCUAGUACAAAAGGGCCGGGUCCUCUACAGCUGCUACAUUGACUCUCUCCUACCUCCCAAAGUGCAGAUCAACAUCACUCAUGAUAAGGUAUCGGAGAUUAGGAAGCUUCACGACACAGGACUGUUCGAGCGAGGCAUGUUCCACGACGCUGCCCUGUCUCUCUUCCCUCUCCUCACCUAUUUCUGGAAGAAGUUCUGUCUGCAAAGAUAUGCUCCCUUGAAGGUGGAAAUAUUGGACGAAGACAAACUGAUAUUGAAGGAACGAAACAACAAGGGUGAUCUGUACAAGAGCAAGGUUCCGAGAAGUAGGAUGGGAAGCAACACCAAUGUGAUUGUGAAGAAUACGGGCAAUGUACUAGCAUCAAUUCGAAUUCCACAUGUGGCACAUGGUGUGACGCAUCUUUUAAACAGGUAUACAGAGUCAGGUGGCCUGGUGCAGCUCCUAGCACAGAACACCAGUAUACACCAUGAGAAGACACCAGCAGGAUCUCCCCCUAAAACACCCACUAUUACCGGGGUUGAUAUGAAACCUGGCGGAGAGCCAGUAAACGGGGGACUAGGUUUAGCUGGACUUGGAGGUGGAUUAGGAGCUGAUUUGGGCACUCUCAAGCCUGGUGACAGAAGACUGUCUACAUUGACCAACUAUGCACGGAGGAGGACUAGUAUCAUGAGCACGGGAAAAUUUCAGGGAAUCAGAGAAUAAACCUGUUUUAUCAGGGUAACGUUCAUUUUUAUAGUGAAUUGAGAUUGACAAAAAACCAGAGCUUAUCAUCAUGAUUAUCAUAUUACUAUCGUGUCAAAAUUGAAAUAUGUGACCGUAUAAAGAGACAUGAACUUUGAGACUAUUAUUUGAGAUUAGAACGAUAUGAAUCAUUGUUCAUUAGCUGAUUUUAACGAUACAGUUGUCGACUGUUACCCAACUAAAUUGAAUCAUACGAUUAAAACCUUCGUUGUAUUAUC